UGCGCUGUUUCCCUCGGACACAGCAGAUCACCGAUCCAUGGAAGGAGCCGAAGAUGUCGGCUCGGUCAUGUGAUCAGCUGUGUCCAAUCACAGCUGAUCACAUGGAACAUGUGCCCUGAUGAUCAGUGUAGCUGCAGCAGUGCCACCUGUCAGUGUCCAUCAGUGCCAGCUGUCAGUGCCACAUCACUGCCACAUAUCAGUGCCCAUCUGAGCUGCCUUUCAGUGCCGGCCAUCAGUGCCAGUCAGUGCCACCUAUGAAUGCCAAUCAGUGCCACCUAUCAGUGCUGCCAAUCAGUGCCACCUAUCAGUGCCAGUCAGUGCCGCCUAUCAGUGCGCAUCAGUGCCGCCUAUUAGUGCCAGUCAGUG